AUGAAUAUCACCUAUAUUAGGAAACUUUUAGAGUUAUCAUUAAUAAAGGGUCACAUCGCACAUCCUAUAGAUAAGAGAACGCCCAAGCACAAACGAAUUUUACCAUUCCAGGAACGUGCAAAAAUUUCAGGUGAAAAAUGGACCACACAGUUUAAACGUAAAUUAGUAAAGAUUAACGAAAAGCAACCGGAGCAAGGCGGAGGAAAGAUAACAUGCCUUAAAGAACACAUGGAUGCUAAUAAAUUAUCUCAAAACCACGUUUUACCUCAUUAUUGCUCCCUUUUGCAUUUUUGUCGCCAACAUCCGAAUUCGCAUGCAUUAAAAGCAUAA